CCGGUGGAUACAAUACAUCAUCAUACUUAACUUUCUUGUACUCCUUCUUCACUUCCUCAAUUGUUGUUUGUGGGUGGAAAUUGUCUCGCUGUUCUGUCUGCUUACUAAGUUACUUUAUACCAUUAUACUUUAUUAUUAUUCGUUCAUUAUGUACUCUAAGCACUUU